UCUGGAGAAGGUAGGUUACAUAACGUCGCGGCUGCCCCGACAGAAAACACACCCACACAUCAACAAUCUUGGGACAUAAACAAUUCACAAUGUCAACAAUUCAGAUUCCCGUCAUCGACUUCUCCGCUUUCCUUGAUCCGGCCAGCAGCGACGACGCGAAACUCGAGACAGCACAGGAACUCGAUGAAGCCUGUAGAUCUGUCGGCUUCUUCUAUCUCUCGAACCAUGGAAUCGACGCCUCAAUGUUCGCAGAAAUGCUAUCCAAUGCUAAAGAGUUCUUCACAACCGCUUCAUCCGAGGAGAAGGAUGAGAUCAAGGUGAAGCCAAGCGGUGAAGGGUCCGGCGAUGAUUCAAGAGGAUACAGAAUAGUCGAAAGAGCUGAUGCAGGAUAUGAAGCCCUUGACUUCCUUCGCGAGCUUGAUACAGAAGGCCCCCCAUACACAAAAGGCUUGGGCCGUAAUCAAUGGCCAAAAACGCCAGCAAAUCUCCAAUCGGUCGCAGAAGAUUACGCCUCACGUCUCGUAGCUCUGGGUGUCGCAAUCAUGAAGGCUUUUGCGCUCGCACUGGGUGUAUCGGAAGACGUGUUUGCCAGUAGAGUCGACCAAUCAUUCUGGCAAUUGCGCAUGGCAGCAUAUCCUGGAGUGUCUGGAGAAGUCGAUAGCUCCAAGAGUGGAUUAUAUCAGCACAGUGACUUCGGUAUCCUUACAUUCCUACUGACUGAUGAGCACAAGGGAUCACUAAAAGUGCUUGCACCCAACGGAGAGGACUGGAUGUCUGCAGACCCGAUACCCGGCACUCUCAUCUGCAACAUCGGCGACAUGCUUUCUGUCUGGACUGAUGGCAUCUACAAAUCAACCCAACACAAAGUCAUCCACGCAAGCAAAGACAUGCGUGUCUCAAUCCCUUUCUUCUUUGACCCAAACUGGGACGCAAGAAUUGAGCCCGUGCUGGGCAAUGCAGACGUCAAGUCAAAGGCCGAGGGUGUGAAUUACAAGGACAUCUUCACAGGAGCAAUCAAGUAUCCUUAUUGAUAUGGGUGAUACAUCAACCACUGAAGACGCGAAUACGAUAGCCACCAGCCGAUCCCUGUUAUCAAAUAUCUCGCAAUAAGAUGAUGGUUACACUUCAAAGAAAAUAUUUGUUACCUCAUCUUCACCGCCAUCGCCUUUGUACAUCGUUCAUAAACUUCAUAUCUUCCCGAGAGACGUCGAAGAGGAUUCACCGCAGAAAAACAAGCUUGCUCAUAGCAGUUUAAUUUCGGGUGACUCUGGUCACGAAAGGCGACACGUAUCGAGAAAUAAACAUCGAGAAAUUUAAGAAAAAGAUUUUUCUCGUCAGCACGUCAAUCAUUAU